GAAACCAUGGGCGGUCGUGGUCGCGGUCGACUACUGGGAGAGGUGGUGGACAAUUGGGGUUGGAAAGGAGUUGUGAAAGAGUAGUUCGACAGUAAGCUUUCUUUAUUUCAUAUAUCAUUUAUCAGCUUUCUUGCCGACUACAUAAGUAUCCGAAAUUGUAAUUUUUUGGUCGACCAUGGAGUUAAUGGUUCCCACCAAGCAAGCCCAUCUAAAUUUUUGCUCAUUUCACUAUGAUAUACCUGAGCAAACCUCUACUUAUACUAAAGAUAGAAUUUUUCACUGUUCUAAGUUGUUCUCUGCUAUUAUACCGGGUUUGAAGAAGCGAGGGUGUAGGAAACAAAGGGGCUCUGGCGUUAAGGUAUUAGCUGUUUCAGUUGUUGAAACUUUUGGCACUAAUGGUAGGUUAAGGUUGUCAAAUGUCGAGAGAAGCCCACAUGGCAAAGCACAAGGGCAAGUGCAAGGGAAUUCAUCUCAUAGUUUUCAGGAAUUUGAGAGUAAUAACUACCUCCGCCGGUUGGUGAGGAAUGGGGAGCUGGAGGAAGGGUUUAAGCAUCUUGAAAACAUGGUUUGUCGGGGUGACAUUCCUGAUAUUAUCCCAUGUACAAGUUUGAUUCGUGGGUUUUGUAGAAUUGGGAAGACUAAGAAGGCUACGAGGGUUAUGGAAAUUCUUGAGGACUCCGGAGCUGUUCCUGAUGUUAUAACUUAUAAUGUGUUGAUUAGUGGGUAUUGUAAGUCGGGGGAGAUACAUAAUGCAUUGAAGGUCCUGGACCGGAUGAGUGUUGCUCCUGAUGUUGUCACAUAUAAUACAAUUCUCCGUACUCUGUGUGAUAGUGGGAAAUUGAAACAAGCCAUGGAUGUUCUUAAUCAGCAGCUGCAAAAGGAGUGCUACCCGGAUGUGAUAACUUACACGAUUUUGAUUGAAGCCACAUGCAAGGAAAGUGGGGUGGGGCAGGCUAUGAAACUCUUGGAUGAAAUGAGGAGCAAAGGAUGUAAGCCAGAUGUUGUUACUUAUAAUGUCCUUAUAAAUGGGAUUUGCAAGGAAGGGAGGUUGGAUGAGGCAAUCAAGUUCUUGAAUAAUAUGCCAUCAUAUGGUUGCCAACCUAAUGUUAUCACACAUAAUAUUAUAUUGCGCAGUAUGUGCAGUACAGGCAGGUGGAUCGAUGCUGAGAAAAUGUUAGCUGAGAUGCUUAGGAAAGGCUGUUCUCCUAGCGUUGUUACGUUUAAUAUUUUGAUUAAUUUCUUAUGUAGGAAAGGACUACUGGGCCGAGCAAUUGAUAUUUUGGAGAAGAUGCCUAAACAUGGUUGCACCCCAAAUUCCUUGAGCUAUAAUCCGUUACUUCAUGGUUUCUGUAAAGAAAAGAAGAUGGAUAGGGCUAUUGAGUAUCUAGAGAUAAUGGUUUCCCGGGGGUGUUAUCCUGAUAUUGUGACGUAUAAUACAUUGCUCACAGCUCUAUGCAAAGAUGGGAAGGUUGAUAUUGCAGUUGAAAUUCUUAAUCAGCUAAAUAGUAAAGGUUGUUCACCUGUUUUGAUUACCUACAAUACAGUGAUUGAUGGGCUUUCCAAAAUGGGAAAAACAGAACGAGCUAUGCAGUUGUUGGUUGAGAUGCGGGAAAGAGGUCUGAAACCUGAUAUCAUUACCUACUCUUCACUUGUGGGAGGACUUAGUAGAGAAGGAAAGGUCGAAGCAGCCAUCAAGUUCUUCAAAGAGUUGGAAGGUUCGGGGGUCAGGCCUAAUGCUAUCACCUACAACUCUAUCAUGUUAGGACUCUGCAAGGCUCGCCAAACAGAUCGUGCCAUUGAUUUCUUGGUCUAUAUGGUAUCAAAAGGAUGCAAGCCUACUGAAUCAACUUACACUAUUCUCAUUGAAGGUCUAGCUUAUGAAGGCUUCACAAAAGAGGCUUUAGAGUUGUUGAAUGAGCUUUGCUCUCGAGGAGUUGUGAAGAAAAGUUCUGCGGAUCAGGUGGCGGUCAAAUUUUAGCUUGAAUUCAUGUUGUCCAUUUUGGCCAGACUCUGAUAUCUAAUGAACAUUUUGGUCUGGUUCAUUAGUCUUUGGGCACUAAAUUAUCCAAGUAUCUCAGCACAUCAAACCCUUGGGCCCCAGGCUAUCUUCCAUUAUUUACCUGGGUUCCUUCAAGUGGUCUACGAACAACGUAGAAAACCCUAAAUUUUGCAGUUAUACACAAAAUAUGAUGUGCAAAGUUCUUUGCUGAAUGUUCAAUGCAACAUCUCUGAACGCUAUAACGAUGCAACUAGUUCUUUUUCUUUUCCUUUCAUGCAUGCAGCAUUAUGUCAUGUAUCAAUCAGUAAGUAUUUUACAACUAGAUACAUUCUUCCGAAUUAUUUAAAUCU